AUGGAAGGAAACAAGUCCAUUUUGAGUGACAUCCUAGAGAUCCAGGGUUUUGACAUAUCUUCAGAAUUCACAUAUCCUCUGUUUUUCUUACUGCUGUUUGUUUACGUUUCCCUGCUUUUUUCUAACAUUGCAAUUCUUGUGCUAAUCAUCAUUGAAAAGAGUUUGCACCAGCCGAUGUACAUGCUGUUUUGUAACCUGUCCGUCAAUGAUCUCAUAGGUAACACGGUGCUACUGCCUCAGCUGAUGGCUCAUAUCAUUUCAACAGAAAGGUUUAUCACCUACAAACAGUGUGUGGUUCAGGCCUUUUACAGCCACAUGUUUGGUUCAGCUUCACAUAUGAUUCUCAUGAUCGGUCUUACAGUAAGGCUGCCACGUUGUGGAUCCUUGAUACAAAAUGCUUAUUGUGACAACGCAUCACUGUUCAAGCUUUCUUGUGAGAAUGUGUCCAUCAACAACAUUUAUGGACUCUUCUUCACUGUGCUGCUGUUUAGCUGCUCAAUAGGAGGUAUAGCUGCCACCUAUUUUAGAAUAGCUCUCGUCUGUUGGAUCAAGAAAAACAAAGAGCUGAAUAACAAAGCACUGCAAACCUGUGCAAGCCACCUUGUUCUUUAUCUGAUCAUGCUCUUAACAGGGUGUUUAACCAUCACAUUGCACCGCUUCUCAAAUUACCCAGAUUUAAGGAAGAUUGCUUAUGUUUUAUUUCAUGUCGUCCCUGGUAAUUUAAAUCCAAUCAUUUAUGGUAUACAAACAAAAUCAUUACGAGAUAAAAUUAUCCAAACAUUGCAAAGAAAAGUGAUUCCAGCCUGA